GCUACCAAGUUCACUUUUGCCGUCUUGGCGUGGUCUCGACAUUUCUCUUCUGUUUCUCUCUCUUCUCCUCUCUUCAGAUCGCGAAAUACUCGUUCGAAAAUUUCUUGAUCGAAAAUUCUGCUUCUAAAAACAAGAUCAUCUGCAAACCAUAGAUCUGUUGGAAUUAUCAAUUUUGAUUUAUCACAGAAGAGUACGAAAUCAAAGGAAAAUUGUAUACCUAAUUUUGUGAUUUGCUGCAAGGAUUUAGGGUUUCUGUUUGGAAAAUGAAAGUAAGAAGGGAUCUAGGGUUCGUUUUGACUUAGAAUUACUAGAUUUUAGGGUUAUUUUGUUUAGAUUACAGUUGGGGGAUUUGAUGGUUCACGUUUGGGCUGAAGGAUUUGGGAUUGAAAUUGAUAAUAAUAGAGGUGAAAAUGAUACAAGAGAAUUAUUAUGCAUGGGCGAGAAGGUGGUGAAGUUAUUAGGAACCCCAUACGGCAUAUGUGGUCGGUCCUCAAUCUGGGUAGUAAGAUUGUAGCUGCUGAUUCUUCCAUCCCUAGUUCUUCCUCUGAAUUUUUUUGCAAGGAUGGUCGCAAGGUUACUGUAGGUGAUUGUGCACUUUUCAAACCCCACCAAGAAAGCUCUCCACCGUUUAUAGGAAUAAUUCGUAGUUUAACAUCAGAAGAAGAAGAUCAUUCAAAGUUCCGUGUGAAUUGGCUUUAUCGACCUGUUGAUGUAAACCUUGGGAAAGGCGUCUUGCUGGAAGCCGCUCCCAACGAAGUUUUUUACUCGUUUCAUGAGGAUGAAAUACCUGCUGCAUCAUUACUCCAUCCUUGUAAAGUUGCAUUCCUUCGUAAAGGUGUUGAACUUCCUUCAGGGAUAUCCUCAUUUGUAUGCAGGCGAGUAUAUGAUACUACAAACAAACGUUUAUGGUGGCUAACCGAUCAAGAUUACAUUAAUGAACGACAGGAAGAAGUAGAUAAGUUACUGGAUAAAACACGUAUAGAAAUGCAUGCAGCUGUACAAUCAGGAGGACGUUCUCCAAAACCUUUGAAUGUUUCUACCUCAGCACAGCAGUUGAAACCUGGUUCUGAUAGUAUACAGAAUAGUCCUAGCACAUUACCUUCUCAGAUUAAGGGGAAGAAAAGGGAGCGUAGUGAUCAGAGUUCUGAGCCGGUUAAACGAGAACGUUGUAUAAAGUCAGAAGACGGAGAUUCUAGCCAGUUUAUUUGGAAAUCUGAGAUUUCUAAGAUAGCAGAGAAAGGAGGUCUUGUAGACUUUAAAGGGGUUGAAAAGCUGGUGCGACUCCUGCAACAUGACAGUGCUGAGAAGAAGCUAGAGUUGGGUGGCAGAAUAAUGGCUGCGGAGGUCAUAGGAGCCACUGAAAGGAAUGACUGCCUUGGGCAGUUUGUGCAACUCAACGGACUGGCUAUUUUGGAUGAGUGGCUCCGUGAAAUGAAAGAACGUGAUGGUAGUAGUCCCAAAGAAAGUGAUAAGCAGGCUGAAGAUUUUCUUUUGGCUCUGCUUCGCGCACUUGACAAGCUACCUGUUGAUCUUCAUGCUCUCCAGAAUUGUAAUGUGGGCAGGUCUGUGAAUCAUUUACGUACUCAUAAAAAUUUGGAAAUACAGAAGAAAUCUAAGAGCUUAGUUGACACAUGGAAGAAGCGUGUUGAAGCAGAAAUGAAGAUCAUCGAAAUGAAAUCUGGAGCGGCUAGGGCAGCUUCUUCUCCUAGUAAGCAAUGCAUCUCUGAUAUUUCUCAUGCAGGAAGCAGACGUACGGGGGUAUCCUCUGAGUGUAUUGCAAAGAGCUCCGUGUCACAACCUUCUGCAACAAAAGCAGCAUCACUUAGGCUUGGCCAAGGUGAUGGUGCUAACAAGACAUCCCCCGGGUCUGUGAAAUCAUCAGUGCCACUGCUUUCAGCAGCGGCAAGUUCAAAAGAUUUAAAUGGAAAGUUAGUGCAUAAAACUGCUACUCCUGAUCCGUCAGUAACCGUCAAAGAGGAGAAGAGUAGUGGAUCCAGUCAAUCGUUGAACAACAGCCAGUCAUCAUGGAAGGAGGAUGCUAGGAGCUCCACUGCUGGUUCUAUGAGCAUUAAUAAGACAUCUGGCAGUGCAUCUCGCCAUCGGAAAUCAGCCAAUGGUUUUCCUGGAUCAGUUGUAUCUGGGGUUCAAAAGGAAACUUCUAUCAACAGAUGUAUCUCCGGAAAUAGGAAUGCUACGUCAGAGAAAACUUCCCAGUCGGGGUCGACUUGUGAAAAGACUCCUGAUGUGCCUGCUGUUGAUCACGGAAACCACAGACUUAUUGUCAGGCUUCCAAAUCCUGGCCGCAGUCCUGCACGGAGUGUAAGUAUCUCCUCAUUAGAUGACCCUUCUGCAUUGGUGAGCCGAGUUUCUUCUCCCGGAGUCCCGGAAAGUAGUGACCAAUCCGAUCGAAAAGUAAAAGUAAAAUGUGAUGCUACUCGAGUUAGUGUUGCUACUGAUGUGACUACAGAAUCAUGGCAGAGCAGUGAUGUGAAGGGUGGAUUGGUGGGUUCUGAUGCAGGUAAUGGAUCAGCCGAUGGCAUUACUGGUGAAGAGGCAGGAAAGUUGUCAGAACCUUCCAAAAUUAUUUGCUCAUCCUCGGGAAUUGAGCAGGGAGUUGCCUUUGGUGAACCUAAGCAAGGAAAGUUGAAGGAAGCUUCACUCAGCUCUAUAAAUGCUUUAGUUGAGAGCUGUGUCAAAGCUAGUGCGUCUAUCUGUGGUGGGGACGAUAUCGGCAUGAAUUUGCUUGCGAGUGUUGCUGCUGGAGAGAUGUCCAAGUCAGAGCAGGUUUCACCAAUUUGUUCUCCUAAGAAAUGCAUAGGUGCUGAGCCGGAGUGUGUGUCAAAUGAUCCAAACUCAAGGUUAUCUUCUGAAGACGGGACAGGUAGAUUGCUAACGAAACCUGAAGCCAGUUUAGAGAAGCAGGUCGCAUCUGUUGAUUCAUUAAAAGCCAAGGACGAAGUCCGAGAUGGUAAAAUUCUAACUAUGCCGGUUUCUGAAGAAAAACCAAAAGAGGAGCAGCUCCAAGUUCCUGGUAUCAAUUUGCAACACAUGACCAACCCAUGCUUAAAGUCCGAUGGAAUAGCUGGUGAAGCAUUACCCUCUUCUGUGGCUAAGCAUGAAGGGAUUGAGCAACCUUGUGAGAAGAGAACAGGUGUUAGUGGCUGCAAAGAUGAAAGAACAGGCUUAUCAGGUCUGAGCGCAAAAGUUGUGAAAGAAGCUGUUGUAGACUCUCCAUUUUGUCCAUCUUUAGAUAUGACCGUCCAUGAAGGGUCAAACUGUGACAUACGGACAAAGAAGAAAAUGGUGUCUGGUGUUGAUAUCCAAGAAUUAGGUGAGAGGAACAUGAUGGAAACUCUGCCUUCUGAAAAUGUUUUGCAUUUAGAGAAUGGCGCUGAAAGAGAUGAAGUUUUGGAGGCGAAACCUCUUAUAGGGCAUACUGAAUAUCAAAGAACGGAGCAGACAAGUACAGAUAAUUCAGCUCAUGAUAAUCAUAUUGCAGGUACUGCUGGCUCAAGUGUUUUGGGUCACAGUGGUGUGGAUGGGAAUAAUGUUGAUAGAAAAGUAGGUGCUGGUGGCCAUUCCAAAAUAUCUGCUCCUGAUGAAGAACUACCUUCAGUGUCGGUUCAAGGGACUGAGGUAUGUGCAAAGCCUACUGAAGCAGAAGAGUUGGAAGAAUGUGCAUCCACAACAGGAGGUUCCUCCUUGUAUGCUGCAGCAGGAUCAGACACAGCCACAAAAUUGGAUUUUGAUUUGAAUGAAGGAAUCCCUUUGGAUGAAGGGAACCAGGGAGAUGGUACCCCUGUACCUGGAGAUUCACCUGCUCCGAACUUGCCCAGCACCUUGCAGUUUUCUCUUCCUUCCAUAUCGUGCAGCCUCCCUGCUUCGAUCACAGUAGCAGCUGCUGCCAAAGGUGGUUUUUUGCCACCAAUUGAAAACUUGUCAAGAAGUAAAGGGGAAAUUGGUUGGAAAGGAUCUGCUGCCACAAGUGCAUUUAGGCGUGCUGAACCUAGAAAGGUUCUGGAGAUGUCUCUUUGUGCAGCAGAUGUACCCCAGUCUGAUAGUGCUGUCAAACAAGGUCUCCGUCUAUUGAAUUUUGACCUGAAUGUGGCAGAUGAGAGAGUUCUUGAGGACACUGGUUCACAGAGCUACACACAUGGAACACAGAAGGAAUCUGGGUAUAUUAACCAUCGCGAUUUAGGUCGCAGUGAGAUGAUUGGUCCAGCUGCACCUGGUCGUAGUGCUUUUGCAGGUCUGGAUCUUGAUUUGAAUAGGGUUGACGAAGAUACUGAUAUCUCGUCAUUUUCCAUGAGUAGUAGUAGAAGAUUAGAAGUAUCUCUUUUGCCCGUUAGAUCAUCAUCAUCGUCUGGGGUCUACUCCAAUGGCGAGGUCAAUGUCUUGAGGGACUUCGAUUUGAAUAAUGGUCCCGGGGUUGAUGAAUUAAGUGCAGAACCAACUGUAGUUAGACAGCAUGCGAAGGGCAAUCUACCAUUCCUAGCACCUGUUGGUCAAAGAAUGAACAAUAUGGAGAUGGGGGGUCUCUCAUCAUGGUUCCCGAUGGGAAAUUCGUAUCCAGCUGUUGCUGUUCCAUCGAUCUUGCCUGAAAGAGGAGAGCAGCAUUAUCCAGUUGUUUCUGCAGCGGGUACACAGAGGAUUGUAGGACCUUCUGCAGGUGGGACCAACUUUGGACUUGAUGUGUACAGAGGUCCUCCUGUUCUAGCUUCUUCUCCUGCAGUAGCGUAUUCCCCUGCCGCUGCAUAUCAAUAUCCGGGGUUUCCAUUUGGAACCAGUUUUGCUCUUCCUUCAACCUCAUUUGCAGGUGGAUCCGCUACAUAUUUAGACACUUCGGCUGGCGCAGGGCUCGGGUUUACUGCAGUUCCAUCACAGUUACUAGGACCUCCUACAGCUGGUCAUUACCAUAGGCCGUAUGUGAUAAGUGUUCCUGAGGGUACUUCUAAUGCAGGCGGUGGGCCUGAGAGUAGCCGUAGUAGUAGAAAAUGGGGAAGGCAAGGUGGUCUAGAUUUGAAUGCUGGUCCUGGAGGUUCAGACAUGGAAGUAGGGAGAGAAGAUAGGUAUCCUUCAGCUGCUUCAAGGCAACAACCAGUUGCUAUUAGUUCUCAGGCUUUCUUAACAGAGGAGCAAGGAAGAAUGUACUAUAACCAUCAGGCAGCAGCUGCUGCAGCAGCAUUGAAAAGGAAAGAACCCGAAGGUGGUUGGGAAAUGGAGAGAUUUAACUACAAGCAGCAACAGCAGCAGCAGCAACAACAACAACAGCCACCCUCUUCGUGGCAACAGCAACAGUAGAUGAAAAUGGUUUGUAGGAAGAACCAAUCCUGUGAUGUGAAGAAGGUAGGAUGGGCCUUGUUAUACAAGUCUAGGACUUCUUUUUGUUACAAGCCAUUCAUGAGAAUGUUGAUAGAAAUGUUGAUUAAAGGAAAAAGAAAAUCCAAAAGAAAAAAAAAAUGUUUGUUGCUCAUCAUUAUAUUAGCUAUUCUCAGUCAUCGCUGGUUGAGUGAGGCACUUUCAGAUAUGGCCCCCCCUCCAAAGCAUGUGUGUGGUCCUUGUAGUCCUACCAUUUUCUCACCGCUUCUACUUCUUUUUUCUUUUAAGUUAAAAACAUUUUACCUCCAUCACUUGGAUGUUUGAUUCAGUGUUUGUGGAGGAUUUUUUCUUUAGAUAAAUUUAUUCGAUGCCCUUGUAAUUCCUGUAAAUUGUUACCCCUUGAAAUGAUUUUCAUGCCUUUUCCUAUUGUGCA